UCAUCCUAUCAUAUAUUUCAACUGUUACGUUUUAUUAGUUGUUGGAUCUUAUAGAAUGAUGACUUUUGUAAGAUUAGCCUGUGUAAUACUGACUUGUGUUGCGUCAGUUUAUGGACAGAUGGUUAUAGUCGGGGGGAAAGAUAUGAAUGUAACAACAGAAACAAUGAAAAGGGAGUUUUUAUCUCCUGGUACUGUUAAAGUCGACUGCACCCCAACCGUUAUGUGUGUUUCUGUAAGCAAACAAUGGCUCGCUGACACGUGGCAAGUUCAUGACCCGCUUGACCUUUCGUUGAACCUUCGAUGCGACCAAUCAGCGGGCCACAAUUUAACCCACGUGACCCUAUGCACAGCCAAUCAACAGCUUUCAACUUGCGGCACCGAAUUUGAAGUUAACGACACUUACGUCAUUUAUUCGAACAAUAUCACUGUGCGACGUGAAAUGAAUGUGACGUCACAAGUACGACGUUCGUUUCCAUGGCGAUGCGUGUACCCGGUUCGAAUAUUGGUUGGGGUGAAAUAUAUUCCGAUUAUGAGCCAAGUCACCCAUUUCUUGGGCAAGAAGACGGCAAAGGGAGAAUUUCGAGCUGGGAUGUUUAUGUUUACUAACUCUAGAUAUACAACUAUCUACCAGACCCCACCAAGUCUUAAUAUGGAUGACAAGAUUAGAGUCAGAGUGAAAUUAAUCCAAGGUCCUUCCUUCACUAAAAUGCAGCUAUAUCGAUGUUGGGGAACCCCCUCUCCACUGAGUUCACAACCACAACAAGAAUAUGAGUUGAUCAACAACUUUUGUCCGUCCCCAAUGUCACAAGAAGCGAAUGUAACGAUCGUAUCCAACGGCGAUCUAGCACACGCAACAUGGGAAUCGAGCGUGUUUCGAUUCGUCAACUCAACCAAGCUGUACCUACACUGCAACGUCAAGUUGUGUUUCAGUGGAGCACCAUGUGUUAAGACCUGUACGGGAAAUACCCUGAACAGAAAAAGGAGGGACCUGGGGUUGGAUAACGCGGUGGUUUCUCUUGGUCCCAUUAACCCCAGCCGAGAAGUUCCUAUUGUGAUGCAACAACCGCCUGUUUAUGAUGUCAUAAUGGAUGAUGUUACACAACAAACAAUGAUUGUGAACCGACAAAGGGAAAACUUUCUCUUAGGAAUGCCAAGGACGGCAGUUUACAUCACAAUCGGAAUUCUAGUUUUUAUUUCAAUUGUCCUCGCGAUUGUUGCGACAAUUUGUAUUGUUCGUCGUAAACGCAACAGUAAGCGAGUGGUUAUUACUUCGAGAAAGAAGCAUUGUGACAUCACAAGAGCGCGUAGCAUCGCAAUGAGCUCAAACUUUGAAAUUCCAAUCACUGAUUGGUCAGAAAUCAACCAAUCACGUAGCUGGUUCAUCAAACUCCUCGUCAGGGCAACAAUAAUAUUCAACGAAACAAAUUUGUCCGUUUUCGUUCUUGAUCAUGUGUUGUAAGGAUAAAAAGCCUCGAUGGUCGACACGCAC